GCUUCCUGUUCCGGCGCCAGGAGGAGUCGCGCGGGGCUAGGGCUGGUGCUGUAGCUGCUGCCGUCGUCAGUAAGGCUGCGUUCGGUUGUUUAGCGCCUUGUUUUCUCGGACCCAUCGUCACCUCUAGACCUUGCUGCGGGGUCGGAUCCUGCCGGGAAAAUGUCUGAUGAAUUUUCGUUGGCAGAUGCACUACCUGAACACUCUCCUGCCAAAACCUCUGCUGUUAGCAAUACAAAACCUGGUCAGCCUCCUCAAGGCUGGCCAGCCUCCAACCCUUGGAAUAACCCAAGUGCUCCACCUUCUGUGCCAUCUGGACUCCCACCAAGUGCAACACCUUCCACUGUGCCUUUUGGACCUGCACCAACAGGAAUGUAUCCCUCUGUGCCUCCCACUGCACCGCCUCCAGGACCCCCAGCACCCUUUCCUCCUUCUGGACCAUCAUGCCCCCCACCUGGUGGUCCUUAUCCAGCCCCAACUGUGCCAGGCCCUGGCCCCACAGGGCCAUAUCCUACACCAAAUAUGCCCUUUCCCGAGCUUCCUAGACCCUAUGGUGCACCCACGGAUCCAGCUGCAGCUGGUCCUUUAGGUCCAUGGGGAUCCAUGUCUUCUGGACCGUGGGCACCAGGAAUGGGAGGGCAGUAUCCUACCCCUAAUAUGCCAUAUCCAUCUCCAGGGCCAUAUUCUGCUCCUCCUCCUCCCCAAGCUCCAGGGGCUGCACCGCCUGUUCCAUGGGGCACUGUUCCACCAGGUACCUGGGGACCACCAGCACCAUAUCCUGCCCCUGCAGGAUCAUAUCCCACACCAGGACUCUACCCCACUCCCAGUAAUCCUUUUCAAGUGCCUUCAGGACCUUCUGGUGCUCCGCCAAUGCCUGGUGGCCCCCAUUCUUACCAUUAAGUUAACAAUGGACGAAGAGAUGACGCUUUGCUUUUUGAAGUACAUAUAUAUGCACAUGAGUGCAUAUAUAAAGAUUGCUGGUUUCAUUAUUCUUAAGAGGGCAUUCAUGAAAGAACAACUCUUGCAACUCCCAGAGAAGAUAUCUGCCUCUUGUAAUUGGGUGUACAGUUGGAACAAUCAGAUAAAACCAUAAAUCAUUCAAAUGUGAUUUUUAUUUGGUUUUCAUGGAAAGUUAAAGUGAUUAAGUAUGUUAAAUAGCUCUUUGAUAGAAUUCGUUUAAAACGUGAAACCACACACUUAAAAAUCUAAGAUGAUGUGGAUUGUUAUUAGAAUCUGCAACUUGAUUGGCACAUUAUUUUCAGUUUUUUUAUAAUUACUUUUUCCUUAAAUAAACACACUUUGAAAAUCACAUUGCCAUAAUUUAGACAAAUGAUGCCUCUAAACAUUUUGAGCUGUUCUUUCUUUAGGAGAAAUACUCCUGGUCUUCUUGAGGUUAUAUUUUGGAUAUACAUUUAAAACUGUCAGUAAUUAUUAUCAGAUAUUGAGUUAAUUAGCUAGCCAGUGUUCCAUUUUUAUCCUUGAGCUUUGGUUAGUAAAAAAUUUUUGAGUUCCACCUAAUUUGGUUUCUUUUUAGCCAAAUGGGUCAUACAGCUCUUAAAUCUGCCAUUUAGACAAAUGUAACUUUUUUUUUUUUUUUUAAAUCUAGGCCAAUGUGUAUGUAAAUUAUGGUCUUAGAGAAUUGACUUCUUUUUUUAUUGCUUUAGAAUGGAUUAUGAGAUGUCCAUAUUGCUUUGAGAUGAGUUCAAGGAAGGAAAAAAUUCUCUAACCCCUGGGAAUUACUUCAGAGUAACAAGAAAUUUGCAUUCCCACAAAACCUGAGGCAGCUUUUCUGCCCAGACCAUUCCCUGUAGUCCCCCUCUCCCUCAGUUCUUUAAGGAGCACAUCCUUUAUUCUUCCCUGAUAAGGAAAACUGGCACACUCUAGUGGUCUGUCAUAAACAUUAUAUAGCAGUUACGUUUAGAGAACCUUAACUCACACAGACAUGGCUGUUCUCUUUGUACAAGUGAGACUCAGAAUGUGUAUUUGUCUUUCAGAGUCUGGUUACAAUAUGUUAACUGUUUCCUGAAUAGUUUUAAUAGUUUUCUGGAUCUCUGUAAAGUGCUUAUGGCUAACAGUUCAGUUCUGUAUUUGUUGACAGGUAAAUAAGUGGAAUCGAGUGCCAUCCUUGAAAGAAGUAUCCUCUUAACACAGGAAAAUAAUAAUAAAUGGUAGAUCUCUGCAACUGAGUUUAAAGCAGUAUGACUGUGUUGCUUAAAUAUUAAAUAUUGUUUAUAACCACCAGAACAACUCUAGUAGCUUUUUGGCACUGCACCUUUAAAUCAGAUUGUUAGAUUUGGAAUAAAUGAGUUUGACAGUAGAACUGACCUUGUUAUUUGUUAAAUAACAUUUUAAAACUUUGAAUGUAUCCAUUGGGUUUCAAAAGUGUAUUGUGGAUUUAUUGGACCAGUGUUGGAGAGAUUUAUGCUGGAGCACUGUUGAGGAAUCUAAUAUUUAAUAGUUUGUUUCUCCUACAAUUAAAAUGUAAGAAUGCCAAAUGCUGCCAAUUUUAAUGAUUUGAUAGCUACCUCCGUUUAAGAAAGCAAGAUGGUCACCUUUGAGGGACAUUCAGUGUUUAAGCCUCCCUUAUUUUAAGGAGAUGAUAAAUUUCAAGCUUUCAGAAUUGAUACAGGUAGAAACUAACUUGUUGAGAUAUGUUCAAGCUGGGGAAAGUUGUUAGGCAGCCCUUACAUAGUGACACACCUGGUCUUUUACUUCCUUGCAAGGGCAGGUGGCAGCAUCUACAGCACUCCUAGAAUCUGUUGUCAAAGUAGCCUGAAGUUUACAAGGCAGGUAGCCUUAGGAGAUGUCAUAACUUAAAUUAUCAGUAUCAUAAUGCAGGGAGCCCUGGUGGCACAGUGGUUAUGCACUCGGCUGCUAACCAAAAGAUCGGUGGUUUGAUGUGGCAAUCUAUUCCUUAAAGAUUACAGCCUUGGAAACCCUUGGGGCAGUUCUAGUCUGUCCUGUAGGGUUGUUCUGAGUCGGUAUCUACUCAGUGGCAAUUGGUAUCAUAAUGUCAGGUAACUGCAGGGAUAAGAUGAUAGGGAAAAUGAGCUGACAGCAAAGAUCCCUCUCCUUAUAGUUAUUUUGGUUGCCUGAUGUUGAGAUAAGUUGCCAGCUCCAGCUUUCGAUGGAGUAUUUAAUGUAACACUAGAGAGGGGGUGUUGUUAGGUGCCGGCAAGUCAGUUCCGACUCAUAGCAACCCUGUGCACAACAGGGUAUAGUCUGACUAAAAGAAGAGGUAGCAAGUUUGAGAACCUACAAUGGUCAGGUUUUUUUGUCUUGGUUAUGGAAGAAAAUGUUUUGUGAAAGAAUUUACAGGGCCAUGAACACAAGAUUAGAGAUUACUACUCCCCAUAAGUGUAACUUUGUUAAUAACUCAUAUUGCCCAUUGUGCCCUAGAUGAUACUGCCAUUUUAACCCUUAGCUUUCAAAGACUUUCCAUCUGGAAAGUUGGGAGGGAGGGGGACUGGGAGUUGGGGUGUUUUUUUUUUGUUUUUUUUUUAAAUGUAAGAAUGGAAAUCAAAGGGAUCAUAGAAUUUGCUUUUAUACUCUUUAUUUCUGUAGAGCACCAUUUCUCCAAUUGGAGGGAAUCUCAAUUCUUGUGGAUACUCUGGGCCAAAAAAUACUUUUGGAUUUAGGGUGGAGUUGAAAGCAGAAGAGGUUUCAGUGGAGGAAGGGGAAAAGCAUCUAGGAAGGGUUUUUUUCUUUACCAGAGGACAGUGUUGGCUUUCAAAACAAGUCACGCUAGGCUGAGAUUGGUUUAUGGCAGAGACUGCUUGUUAGUACAUUUGGUCUUAAGGGAAUACAUGCUGGCAUUUGGGCUUUAGAGCAAGGGUUUUAAAUUUGGUGGAGAUAAUUGAGAUGUGUUGAGGGAUAAUGUUUCUGGAGUUAAAAAUCUUUGAUUUCGAAUUAAAAUAUUUCAGUGCUGAGGUUGAACCUAAAAAUCACAGUGAAAAUUAAAACUUUUAAAUAGAAAUAGUGCAAGGUACAGUAUAUAGACCUUAAGUCUUUCAUACACAUUUUGCAAGAAUCAAAUGCUCCUUAAAGGAGUGUUUAAAAUACCUUGACUUCUCUAUACAGGACUCAGCCUGACAUCUUUUCAUACUUUUGAAGAGGCGGUUUAUAUAGCUCUGACUCCACAGCCCUAUUUUGUUUAAAAUAUUAUUUGGGAAUAGCCGAUAAUUUUUUUCUUUUUUUUUUUUUAAAUCAAGGUCCUCCUCCUUUGUUUGUCCAUUUUGCUGUUUCUUGUCUUUAGUAAAGAAUAACAAUUGGGCAGAGAAGAAAAGGGGUGAAUUUUUGGCCUUGGCGAGUCACACCACUGCAAUAGAAUAUUGGAAUAUUUUCUAGGGAAAAAAGUCAAUUGUGCCAUGAUGUUUUACCUCACAGAUAAUUAGUGCCACCUGUAGUACUCAAGUGUACGGUUUUUGAAGCUGUUUGUAUAGAUGAACAUAGCUGUACUCAAAAUACUGUGCCUAAGUUACAUAUCAAUUGCCUACAUUUUUAAAUGAGUUAGUGCCAAUGUCUUCCUUUCUCACCCUGAAUAAUCUAGAGCUGGCUUUAUAAAACGCCAGUUUUAAACCCUGGAAAUUAAACUUAAGGACAGACCAAAUGUUAAAGUAUUUGAAAAUUAUAAAUCUAAGUUCAGAUGAAUCACAUAAUUCUGUUCUGUGCAUAGAAAGUGGUGGGUAGUUUUCAGGGAAGACUAAUUUUAAUAAAGCAAUAUUUAGUAUUGAAGACAGACACUGUUCUUUUUGUUUGCAAAAUCCUGCCAAGUAAAAAAUUGCCAAUAAUCAGUGUUAAAGAAAUGCCUUGCAAAUUCUGGCUUUAGAAAACAUGGGAGGACUGCAUUCAUUCAACAGACAUUUAAAUGUCCAUGGUCCAGGUGCUUUGCCAUAUGCCAGAGAUCAGAGAUACAGCAGUGAAAGAUCAAUCCCUGUCCUUGAGAGGCUCAUGGUCUACAGGUGGCUUUACUGAAUUCAUUAGUAGUUUUAUAUAGAUGAACAUAUUUUAAUAUUGUUAGUGGAAGUUACAGAUCAGCUUCUGGGCAUUUUAAAGGGCAGAGUCCAGUAUACCUUUUUUUUUUUUUUUUUUUUAAAGAAACUGAUUUUUUUUUCUUUCCAAAAGUGUAGUGCUUAUCAGUGUAACUACUCAAAUGUACAGUCAUGGGAUGUUUUUCCUCUCUUUCCCUAGAUGAAGGCACUUUCAUUGCCUGUCACUGAUUAGCAGAUACUGAUUUGUUGCCAUUAAGUAAACUUGACUUAUGAGUGCUCUGUAAAGAUUUUUUGUAUUUUUUUCUUGAAAUUGUGGUUUUUCAUUGACUUUAAUGACAAGUUUAAUGUAUGUAAUUGUCUAUGCAUUUUAAGUUAAACUGCCUAAAAUGUGAUGUGAGACAUAUACAUUUGUAUUAUGAACUGUAAGCAAUCUGUUUGAGAUGUUAGGUUUUAUCACCUGCUGCUGUAUUUGUAAACAAAGACAAAUGUUGCUUUAAGAAGUAAUUAUAAUUAGGAAUAGUCUAUGGAUGUGAUACUUGAUAUUUUUAAAGAUAAACUUGUUUGCUUUUGUGUACUAUUAUCUGAAAACUUUUUUAAAAACGUA